CAUCCCUAACCCUAAGUCCCAAUUUCUUAAUUUUAUUUUCUUUCUCUGUUCCAGUCUUCGGUCUUCCAAUUUCCCAACGGAUCGUGGCUUCAGCCCUCCGUUCAGCGAGACAGCGUGCAAACUGCUCCUCGCCGGCUGCUCCUGGACGUCCACUCGCUCGCUCAGCCCGUCGUCUUGAGCCUGAGAAAUGGCACAGGGUUUUAAUGAAGAGGAAGCUCCCCGAGCCCCCCGAGCCAAGAUUGCGCUUGGGAAGAAGAAGACGACGACCGGGUCUUCCAAAGAGCAACAAAUCCCGGUCGCUCGACCACUAGGCGCGACUACGACUGUCACCACAGCCGAAGGCUAUGUGGUCGAGUCUUCUGAUGUCCUGAUAUCCCGGGUGGCUGCCCGUAAGGGCAAGGAGGAGGCGGCCGAGAAAGAAGCAGAGGAUGGCGGCGCAUUGAAGCGCCGAAGGAAGCAGGGCAGCCCGAGCCCUCCGGUCGGGGCCAUCGCAGGUGAUGCGUCAAUCCUCACCCGGAUCGGCAAUCUUGGGCCGGUCAAGGAGGAUAUGACAAAGCUGACCCCCACCCAGGUGGCCGAGAAAAUUGGCUAUGAUCUGGUCGACAUAUCUCGAGCAGCUCAAGUCCUCCAAUGCCAAGCGUUGCUGGCCAAUGAGGCCGACACAUUAAAGAAAGUCGUCGACCGGCGAUUGGGGGAGAUUACCGACCUCCAGGCUGAGCUGAAGAAAGCGAAGGAAGGUCGGGAGCUUGCGGAGAAGGCCGCCCGGGAGGCAAAGGGGGCCCAAGAGCUGGCUGAGAAGGCCGCCAAGGAAGCUCUCGGGGAGGCGGCGAAGCUCAAGUCCCGACUGGGCAACCUUGGCGAGUUAACGCGGUUCCUCUGUCGGGAUGAAGCGUCGGCCCGAGAGUUCUUCCGUGAGUUGCGGAAGGACAAGGUCGGGGAGGCCAUGAUAUGGACAUUCGGGCGAUGGGCGUUCAAAUCCGGUCAAAGGAGGAUGCGCGCCAAGACCCAAUCAAUCAUGGAGGAAGUCCUCGACGGUGAGGACCUUCAGCUGGUCCUGACGACCUUCCCUGACGAGGUCGCCGACCCCGGCCCGCCGCCUUUCGGCCCCGAGGAGGAUGUGGCCGAGCCAAGCAGCGCCUCGGAGAAGUAGAUUAGGUCGUGUAGCUUCCGACCGUGUACUUUACUUCUUCGUUUUUUGCUAAGUGAACUCCGUC